AUGGCACUUAAAUUAGUCAAAGAUGCUCCAACAGUGUGGAGCUAUCUGAAUGGCAUGGUAAAUCUUUACAAACCAGCCGGCGUAUCAGUGCAACAAGUUCGCAAUACAAUCAUUCAUAACUUAUGCCGGGAUCUUAAUAAACUCGAGGUCCGCCCAUCGUUACAGCGUGUGGUCAUCGAGAAUCAUCACGAUUCAAAAUUAACCGUAAGAAGGGUUGAGGACCUCUCGGACAAUGUGCUUGUAACCGGACCACGUUAUCAACCGGAAGAUGUAAAAUGCCGGUUUAGUGCCAACCACGGUCGGUUUACGAGUGGCGUAAUAGUGCUCGGUAUCAAUGAUGGAUCAAAUCAAGCUUUCCGAUUGCAACGAAAUCGCCCCUUGCGAGUAUACCGAGUAACCGGAUUCCUAGGAAAAGCGACAGAAUCACAUUUUGCCGAGUCCCGCGUGACACUUCGCGCCACAAUCGAUCACAUUGGGGCGGAAAAGAUCGGGCGGCUUUUGGCUUCGAUUCAAGCGUCUCACCAACGUAAAAUGUUCGACCUGAGUGGAAUCGACAUCCAAUCGCAAGCUGCCUACGAGCUGGCAUGCAAAGGAACCAUUCGUCCUGCCAACAACAGCCAACCGAUGAUAUAUGGCAUCAGGUUGGCGGAAUACCGGAAGCCUUUCUUCACCAUAGAAAUCCAUGCCAUUAACGAAACGGAAGCGUACCUUGGAGAGCUAAUCCACGAGAUCGGAAUCAACUUGAAGUCUUGUGCGCACUGCACCAGCAUUCGCUGCAUACGCCAUGGGCAUUUUGUGCUGGAAGAUUCGAUUCUAAAAAAGGACUGGAACCUGCAGAACCUCAUCAGUGGAAUGGCACACACGAAUAAGCUCAUUAAUCAGCAUCCGGACAUGCUACAAGAACACAGUUCCUCCCUGCGAGAAAUGGAAGAGACGGACCAAUGAUCGAGAACAUGGUCACAGCCAGGCGUGGGUGUGUUUGCGCGAUCAUCAAGUAGAAAGUCGUUUCCACUCAAGGAGAGAGCAUGCGCGUUGAGAGCUCUCACGUGCAUUGUAGUCUCGUUGCGUGGCCUUGUUUCGCACCUUAAAUU